AUGACCCUACACAGCGCUUCUAGCGACGGCACCCUUACCCGCGCUGCUCUGCAGAGAUACCUCGUCCUCGUCGAAAUCGAUGCUCUGGACGACCGCGGCUUUACACCCCUCGCCGUCGCUAUCAAAAAUGGUCAUCCCAGCGUCGUAAAACUACUCCUUCAAAACGGUGCUUCUGCCGACAAGCCCGUUCGUGACGGGCGCACACCCCUCUACUUAGCUGCGAACGCAAAGCAGAACAGGGCUCGGAUUGUGCAGCUAUUACUCUCGCAUGAUCCAAGGCCCGAUAUCGACGCCUCCAGCCCUGAGUGGAACAAUGAGACGCCUCUCAUGGUAGCGAUCACCCAGGGGAGAGAUCCAGAAGUCGUCAGACUUCUGGUAGAGGCUGGAGCUUCGUUGACGAGGACAAAUGACCGCGGUGAAACGGCAGUUGCAUUGGCGGAUCAGAGCACCAACCCCGCCAUCAGGGAUGCGCUCUCUCUGGGGGGACAGCGAGGUUGGGCCGCAGCGUUGGCGCAGCUUCUUGUCAGCGCGAUCCUCUUCGCCCUUGCCUACGCGGAUAAAUGGCCGGGUGUGAAGGAGAUCAUACAGAACGUCAUCCGGUCUGCAUAUAACCAGGCAAAUCCGGCCCUGCCUGGAUCGCUGCCGCCCGCUGGAACAGACAUUGAUGACCCCCACACCGUUGAGGAGUUCAAGCACAACAUCACGAACAUCAUCCAGAAGAACGGACUUGAUGACUUUUUCCCGGCAAAUGAUCCUUACAUCCAGUCUGUGGCGGAGAAAGCAGCUGCCUUUAGAAAGGACCAGGUAAACCCUCUGGCCAAUAAUGUCCCUUUCAUCAUGAAGGCCGCUGCCGCUGCUCUGUACCAGCCUGUCCUCUACAUCGAUGAUAGCGGCUCAAUGGCCGAAGACGGUCGCAUGGAGCGCGCCCGGGAGCUGGUCACCCUGAUUACCGAAGUCGCGACAAAAUUCGUCAAUGUAAACACGGGCGUGCAUCUGCGCUUCAUCAACAAAGACGACUCGACAGCGAAUAACCUCAGUGCGAACGAGGUUAGGCAGCGCAUGUCAUUCACACCCCAAGGCUGGACAGAGCUUGGGACAAAUCUGACCAAGAAGAUUCUACAGCCGAUGGUGUACGAUGCCAUUGCACAGGGUGUUCUAGAGCGUCCGUUCCUGAUUCUGACCAUCACAGACGGCGUUCCCUCCAAGGAGCAGCCCGGUGAGUUUCGAAAGGCGAUUGUGAGAUGCAAGAGGGAGCUCCGAGACAGGGGGUAUCAGAAAGAGGCUGUCUUUUUUGAUCUUAGCCAGGUUGGGAAUGACCCCGGCGCGAUUGCGUUUAUUGAGAGCUUUGAGGGUGAUGAGGCUACAGAGGAUGUUCUUCAUCGUACAGCUGAGAACACAGAUCGCCUUUUUGACGAGUUGAGAGAGGCCGGAGACCCGUCUCAGCUUGCGCUCUGGACAAUUCCGUGCGGAAUGUUCUUAAUGCAAUAA